GUUAAACAUUGGUUAUGUGACACAUAAAGCCAGACAUAUAGUUCUAUAGUGUAAUUGUAAAGUGGUGUUUGCGUGCUGUUAAUUACAGUUAAUAGGUCAAAACUAGACUUUCAACCUGCAUAAUACAAAAUGAAAAUUUGGAUCCGGCUAGCCGGGUUAGGUUUGUUAAUUGCCGGCACAUUCGCCUUUUCUUCGAGUUUGGAAGUUGAAUGGGAAACUGACUGUCAUUUUGCACCGCGGCCACUGGAUGUUCAAAAUCGCUCGCUUUCGACCGUGGAUUUCCCUUUCCGCGCCGACAACAUCACGUUGGAAGAGUGCUUGCAGUACGCGGCUAUGACGGGACCUCGUCCCCAUAAUACACCCAUAUGGGACAAAUGUUCUCCCUUAAUUGUUGACUCUGCUGAAGAGUGUACGUCCACUCCCGAAAUGUAUCAGAAAACCUAUCUCAAUGUAGGAAAAUGCUACUGGAAAGACCGCGAUACCCUGAGAGAAAUCCACCGGAACGUUAGCAUGAUCAGUCCCACCCGCGCUGUCGUAGUUUCACUUUCGCCAGGGCAAUAUAUGGGCAGCAACGUUCACUUUGACGUUGUGGACCCAGUUCGCCAGCAGAUCGUCGGCUUGACCAUCGAGGCUCCGUGUGAUCAUAAUCCAAAUGUGACGGCUAUGGUGUACGAAAUGGGCAACCUGCCGCACAUCCUCCGCUUCGACAUUAACAAAUGCGCCUUCGUCAAUAUCCGCCAGCGGGAUUUUUCGCGAAUGCCACAGCUUCGUAUGAUUUAUUUCUAUAAAACCGCCGUCGGUGACAUGGAACCGUAUACUUUCACGGAUAUCCCACACCUGCAAGUCUUGGCACUGGAGACCGGCCUUCUCGAUGAGCUGGAUUUUAUACGCGUAAACGAGACCGACCCGCAACACUACGCACGUUUUCACGUAUCCUACGAGGAGAAGGAGGAGAGAAUACGCCAGCUGCACUGUAGCUGCUCUUAUGCCUGGUUUCGAAAUUUCCUUAAGGAGAAACCAUUUCUUACUGCCAGCAAAAGAGAGGAAGGAGAGGUGUUCCGGUUAGGAGACUUUGCAUCGCCGUCGGUGCCUCCUGAGUUUGCGCCAGAUUAUCGGGAGAUGCUGAGUGUCGAUUGUUCUAAACCGCUAACCUACGAAAAUGCGCAUAAUGGCACGGAGUUUUCUGUUAACACGACGUGUUGUAACCUAACCUGUCGCACCAUUGGGGGCCAAUAAUAAUGGAUCUAAUCAUACCGUUCCUCGUCCAAGGUUUUAUGCAGUAAUAACUGGUACUAUUAAACAUGUAAAGUACUAUACGAGUACAGUAUAAAAACUGUUCUUUACUGCGGCCUUUGCUGGCUUUUUACUGGUGCUAAUGGUAUUAACAUACGUA